GUCAAUCGCCAAGCCAGGACAUUCACUGUCCUACACCUGCACAUUGCUUCGCUUCUAAGUUAGAGCGUCGCAACCAGAGACAUCGACAGACACCAUGGACUCAGACGCGCCCGUAGAAAUCGGCUCCAUGCUGCAGGACGCAUCCAUCAACCGACAUCCAUCACCGCGACACGACGUGAACCCAUCGACCGCCGCAUCCAAGAAGCAACCAGUCCAUCUCAAUGAACACGCCGAUCCAGACGCCUCGGAUGUUGGAGAAGACGAGAUUCCUCUCAGUGUGUUGGAUCCGGUGCCGCGGAACAAGACAAUGCCUCCACUGCCAGACCUCCGAUUCGAACAAAGCUACUUGAAGAGCAUUGAGCACGCAGAGGGAUGGAAGGGAGUGUUGUGGAUUACGCUACGAGAUCAGGUCAUAAUGUGCUUUGCACAGGGUGUUCUAUGGACCCUCCUCCUCAAUGGCUGGAGGCAUUGGAAUCGAUCAACAAAGUUCAGUGGACACGGUGUAGGCGCGCGGAUACGGAGGUGGUGGUGGGGUGUUAACAAUUGGAGUAUACCGACCGCAAAAUCAAGGCUGAGGGACCCAAAGUUGGCGAGAAAUAUGUCCGAGUAUUACAAGGGUGAGUUUUCAAAUGCUGCCCAAGACUGAGGGAGAUCGUUCGUAGCAUUGCCCGCACUGCUGCGUCGACCGGAGUGUCGCCAGUUGAAUUGGGCUACGUAGCGUAAAAAACAACGAUUUGAAUACAAAAAAAUUACAAUAAAAAAUCGCCUCA